GGAUACACAGCGGGGGAGAAGCAGCGCUCCUAUCUUCCAGCGGGUUUCUCCUUUCCUGCUGGCACAGUGGUCUUUUGAGAGUCCUGACCUCUCUGCCUUCAGGCCUGGGCUCAUGGCUUCGGCCUCUAGGCAGAUCCUAGGGACAAGUUCAGUCAGCUCUCCGGGUGUGAAAAGCACCAGGAAGCUUUUGAUUUUAAAUCGCAGCCAAUAUAAUUCUGAACUGGCAGCAUAAUUUUCGAUGGCCUCUGCCUGGAACCGGGACCUACUAAUUUCUGUGACUAAGGGCUAAUGACUCUUCUUGCUUUUCACCUAAGUUGAAUUAAGCACCCCGUGCACUUUAAUUUCCUGUCUGUGCCAUCCGGCCAGCUGAAGGCAGGGCUUUGAAAUCUCAGAUACAAGGACAUCCAGCCAAAGUCUCAUUCUUGCCUUAACAAUGUUCCAGAGGCUGAAUAAAAUGUUUGUGGGUGAAGUCAAUAUUGCUUCUGACCAAGAACCAGAAUUUAGUGAAAAAGAAGAUGAUGAAUGGAUUGUGGUUGACUUCAUAGACACUUGCACUGGUUUCUCAGCAGAGGAAGAAGAAGAAGAUGACAGUGACAUCAGUCAAGAGUCACCUACAGAGCAUCCUUCAGUCUUUUCCUGUUUACCUGCAACUUUGGAGUGCUUGGCUGAUACUAAUGAUUCCUGCUUCCUCCAGUUUGAGUCUUGUCCAAUGGAGGAGAGCUGGUUUAUCACUCCUCCCCCAUGUUUCACUGCAGGUGGAUUAACCACUAUCAAGGUGGAAACGAGUCCUAUGGAAAACCUUCUCAUUGAACAUCCCAGCAUGUCUGUCUAUGCUGUGCGCAACUCCUGCCCUGGCCUCAGUGAGGCCAGCUGUGGCACCGAUGAAUUCCACAACCCAAGUAGUCCCAGAAUAGAAACCCCAAGUGAAAUGGGGCAACACAUUCACUGCUAUGUUGCAGCUCUUGCUGCUCAUACUUUUCUGGAACAGCCCAAGAACCUUCGUCCUUCCCAGUGGAUAAAAGAACACAGUGAAAGACAGCCUCUGAGCAGAAAUAGCCUUCGUCGCCAAAAUCUUACCAGGGAUUGCCACUCUCGGCAAGUCAAGCACAACAGCUGGGUGGUCCACCAGCCCUGCCCACGGCAGUACAAUUACUAAGAACUUCCAAGUUUUGCUGGUUGGUUUUUCUUGGUUUGUGCAUAUGUGUGUGGAUAUGUGUGUGUGUGUGUACAGUGAAAUUGCUGUCUCUUUACAGCCAGUUGAUGACCAAUCAUAUAGUUUAUCAGUGUGUUUAGACACUAUCUUAAAAACCAGAUUUCUAUGCUGUGUACCACCUAAUGCCUUGCUCCUAACAUUUACUUUUUUGUAAGUUUUUUCAGAAUAUUUUUGGAAACAUAUCAUACGGUUACAGUGUUUGGUGUUUGGGGAUGUCUUUAUUAAAGUAUAGAUGAGUUAGCAUUUUAAAGACAUUUCUUCCCCCGAGUAUGGGAACAGGCAUCUUUCAAUUUCAUUUCAUUUUGUAUUACUUAAUCGAUCUUUUGAGUAAGCAAAAUUUAUUCUCAGGGUCAUCCAUACACUUUAUUGACCAGUACUUGAUAAUCUUUUCUGUAUAUAGUGAAUACAUUUUUACACACUAACAGCAUUAACGGGUGAUAGUUGCCAUGGGUAAAAUGGAAUUAUGGCUGGAGUUUCUUCUGAAAGAAAACUUGAUAUAUUUCUCUGUGUGAUUUUUUUUUUCCCAGAUAAGUCAUUCAGUUCAUUGUGGAAUUCAGGUACAUUAAGGUUUAGUGAACAGUGCACUCAGUAAUUCCUAUGUGACUAUGUGAUGUGGUACAAAUAUUGUAGGUGUCACAGACAAAAGCACUUGUCUUAUGUGCACAGGGAAGAGAUUAGACCUGUGAAAUUAUAUUUGGAAAAAUUAAUGUCUACAAGUGACCUGUUCGUCCAGUAUUUAUUCUUUCCUGCCAGCUCUGUCCACUCCCUCACCAUCAGCUAUAAAUUGAAAAAUGCUUGACCAAGCAUUUGCGUGGCUGCAUAUAUAUAUCUGCCCACAGGAGGAGAGACAGUGAAAAAUCCUGACAUAAGCCUGUCCUACAAAGCAAGGGCGAAGGGGGAUUUCUCGAGAUGUCUUUUCAUAGCGCCUAAGUGAAGAGUGACAGGUUGGCUUCCUUGAGUCCUCGUGUUUUGUUCUAACUUCAGGCAGAAUCAAUCUUUAACCACUUGGGCCUCUGUUUCCUCCACAGCAGGGGAGUCCUAACAUUUACCUCCCUCACAGAGUUGUUGUGGGGACUGUGUCCUGAUGGGGAGUGGACUGUCCAGACCGAACCCUGUGUGAACUUCCAAGGGCCUUUCUACUGAACCUAGAGAUGGGAACCGUGGCAGUGUUUCUGCCACAACUGUUCUUCACAGUGUUGGUGCUAAUGAGGCCAGGGUGCAGGGUCUGACUCACACGUAGGCCAGUUAACUCGACAGAAAAAUUGAUUUCCUUACCUCUAGCCAGUCGCUAGGUUUUCCUGCGGUUGUGAUGGGUUUUGCUGAGCCAUCCAGACUCUCACCAGCUUCCUCUGAGUUAUUUAAACACAUUUACAGUUCAAAGCACAUUGUAGUGAUGGAACAGUAGCAUUGCCUUUAAAAAUCCAGCAGCUUACUUUUCCAUCUCCUCUGCAACCCUAAAUGAGCACACAUCUAUGAAGUGUUUUCAAGGAAAAAAGCAGCCGCUAGUGCCGUGAAGUAUUAUAUUUUUAAGUAACUCUGAAACAGCUUGAUGCAGGGAGUCCUGGCACUCAGGAAGAGUUGUGCUCUUUUCUGCCUGGGACAUUUAGGGUUGGAAGGGGUCAGGCAUAGUUAGAUGGUGGUUUAGGUUGUUCUUCCGCUGACUGUGAUGACAUGCCAGGCUGUGUCUUUACAAAUCUGGAUCCCUCCUUCUUUCCUUAUCCCCUUUUGUACCGACUUCCUUUUUAUUUAUUUAUUUUCUAAUUAGGGGCCAAGUCUGUAAAGUUUUGUCAAACUGAGUUAGAAGUUAUUCGUUGCUAUUUGUGUUUACCAGAGUUGGGAGAUGAGGUAGAGUUUUCAUGAAGGUGUGUAUGUUUUACACCAUGUCUGUUCAGGGCCACACGGUGGUAACUUGAAACAGAUCGGUUAAUGUCUUCGGAACCUAAGCCUCUGUGUACAUGGGGUGUCUCUGUCUUACAUUGCAUGCAAGUUGUUUGUACCUCACAAGCUACAGAAGUUCAGCCAUGGGAAUUUGUUUGGCACAUGAAGAGAUUCUUAUAUAAAACUGCAAUGGUCUUUUAACUGCUCCCCCACUCCCCGAUUUCUUGAUCCCUUAAGUACAUUUAUAUUCCUCUCAGUUAUUAACUUUUUGUUUGCCUUCUCUGGGCCUACUUUUUAUGCUUUAUACCUGGAAAACAAAAAUUUCAGUCACCAGGAUUUUUUUCAAGGUUAGGAUUACACCACCUUUGAUAACAUGCUGUGGUUUCUGUGUCCGUAUCUAAGGUCUCGGCUUAAAAUUGGCAAAUGUAAGAAAGUGGUUACAUAAUUCAGUUGAAGUUCUUGGUCUUUAGAUGUUUAGGUAUCUACUGUGUGUAAGACACAAGACCAGUAAUCACGCAGGGUGAUGUUGACCUGUUAAGGAUUCUUUGAAACAUGGCCAAAAUGCAUUUUGUGAGUUGAUUACUAUUUUUGCUGUUGUAACUAUUAGUGGUUUACAGUGUGUUUUAGUGCAUAUUACUUAAAAGCUCCAUAGUGAGAAAUAAGACCCCUCUGAAUUGAGCAGUGCUGGCCAUUUCUAACCUGAAAACCUAGAAUGUUAACUUCCCAACAUCUGGAAUACGUGGUGUGCGCAAACAGUGCCUCAUGAAUGAGUUUGAGCUUUUACAAAGAAAGCACCAUGUUCCUCAAAGUUUGUAUUUUUGUUGAUAAAACAUUAAAUAAUGUAUAUCCUGUUUAUUACUUUUUCUUCCUCAGCUAAUUAUGCUCUGCCCUGUAAGCUGAAAGUUCGCCAUCCAUUAUUUAUCUUCUGAGGCAGUGGGUUUAUAUGGUUUGGUGGGUGGGGAGUUUUUUGUCAAAGAUACAAAGUGACUGGAUUUUUACUUCCCAUUGCAGGAAGCUUUAACAUUAAUUUCUUGUAUAUUUUUUCCAAUUUCCAUGUAAACUGUUCCUGUUUACAUACCUUCCCAGUCUUAUGAGUUCUUGGACUCUACCAACAAGAUAGUUUACCUAAAACUCAAGAGGGCUUUUCAGCAUUGCUUUUAUUGCCCUUUGCUUCUCAAACCUGUAUGUUACACUGGUUUGGUAAUCUUUUGUCUUUGUUGAAAUACUAAUUUCUGUGCUAUUUCUCCUCAAGGAAAUACACUGUCUUUAUAUAUUCUUAAGAAAAAAAGAAUAAAAAAGGGUAUCUUCCUUUCAUUUCUGAGUUGGAAACAAAAAUAUGAAGGACUCCAACUAGAAGAUAGACAUUCACAUUUAAAUAGGUUAGUGGGAAAUUUUUCCAAGUAUUUUUGUUUUAGAAUCAGUUAAAAGACUGCUCCUUGCACAGGGAGAUACUAGUAUAUGUUGGUAAUGUUACCUUGCAGUUAUCUUUUUAUUUUAUGAGGCCCACAAAUAGUGGUUAAAUUUUUAAAGAGUUGGGCUCCUAUCAUGGAUGGUUUCACUACCAUCAGCCAUGCUGAUGUAUUAUAAAUGGCAUCCUUAUCUACUUAUUUUAAUGCUUAAAAUUUUAUAUAAAACGCUUUAUUUAGAAAACCUACAUAAUAGCAAUGGUGUCAUCCUUGCCAUGUACCAAUUUCACUUAAAAUUUGACACCAAUUAAAGUGGUUUAGAUGAAGAAAGAGGUGUACUGGAAAGCAAACAGAUAAGGAUAUCGUUUCUCAUUUGCAAUGGUAUCCUUUAUGUGGGAGGAGAAGUUACAGUUCAGGAGGCAGCUUAAAUAGAUGUUUUGUUUAUUUUUGUGAAUAUUUUUUUGGUCAGUUUUCAUUGUGACAUUUAAAUCUUUUUAAUAAUUGCUAAGUGCCCAGUUUUGUUCUGCAUUUGCCUCAAGAUUUAGUAUUGUUCUCUAGAUGGACUUGUAUACAAACCAAACCAGUACUUGGGGAGGUUUGAGGUAUGUGUUUUCAGGCUUGGAGUGUAUGAGUGAUUUUGUUUGGUUUUGGGUUGUGUUCUCCCCCAGAAGUUGUGAACUUUAAUUACUGUGUUAUUUUUUUAAGUGGCUUUAUGUUUUUCCUCAAGUAAAAUUGUGAACACAUUUGCUUUUCCAGGGCAAGGCAUGAGUUACAGAGACUGAAGAGUAUUGUAGAUUGUACUAUGUGCCUUCUUGAUGUGUUUCUGGACACACACUUUUACAUCAACUUGAAAAACUCAAAAGGGACAUUUGGUUAGAUUAUAUACUGUACAUCAAUCUAUGCAUAAAUGGCAGCUUGUUUUCUUGAGCCACUGUCUAAAUUUUUUUGUUUUUAUAGAAAUUUUUUAUACUGAUUGGUUCAUAGAUGGUCAGUUUUAUAGAGUGAACAAUACAGCACUUUGCCAAAAACAAGUGUAGCAUUGCUUAAACAUUGUGUAUUGACACCAGUUCUUUGUGAUUGGAUUCAGUGGUGCAUUCUGCACUGCCUGAAGUUAUGGUUUUUACUCGUCAGUAAAUAAAAUGUCUUUUAAUGUCA